AUGCCAGAUAAUAUUCCAUCUAUAUCAUUACAACCACCAGAGACUCCAAGAUGCAAGCACAAUAACAAUAUUAAUUCAAAUACAAAUAAUCAAAUUUUACAACAAAGUAUUAACAGAACAACAACUCCUUCAUUUUCAUUUGGUUUAAGUUUUUCACCAACUUUUAAUUUUAAUUCACCAAAUAUUUUAUCACCUAGAAAAUUUUUAACUUCAACUACAGAUAAUAAUUUAAAUAAAGUUAUAAAUCAUAAAAGAUCAAUUUCAAAUUCAAGUGGUAAAGAUUAUAACAGAUUUCUUGAAUCAUUAAACAAAUCACUAGAUAAAGAAGAUAGUUUAGAAAAUACUCCAAAAGAUGGACUAGAGAAAGAGAGUCAAGAUAUUGAAGAAGAUAAUGAAGAUACUGAUCAUGAUAUUUGGUCAUCUUUAAAUAAUUCAACGCAACAAAAUAAUACAAAUUUAAGUUCAAUUUAUGAAGAUGAUAAUAAAGAAAAUAAUAUACCGUACAACACUCAAAAUUCAAAAAUAGUUAAUGAUAAGUUUGAUGAAUUUUUAACUCCAAAUAAAUUAUUAUUGUCAAAUAAGAAGCCAUCGGCAACAACCACAAUCACAACCACUACAAUAGCAACAGCAACACCUUCUUUAGAAGUUGCUCCUGAGAUUUCACCAAAAAAUUCGGAAAUAUCAAUUGAUGAACAAGAUCAUGAAAAUGAUCAUUUAUCAUCAGUUAUUAAAAAAAGAAAAAUAAAUCAUAGUAUUACAGAUACUCCAAAUAAUGCAAUAGCUUCAAAGAUUGAUAAAUCAAUGGUAUCACCUUUAACAUUUCGUAAACCAAGUGUUACAAACUCAAUUACAUCAAAUUCAAAUUCAUCAUCCAAUGUUAAUCUUACUGAAGAUAAAGUAUGGAAUCCAGAUUUAGAUGAUAUAUUAAUCAAAUCAUUAUAUAAAUAUAGAAAAUUUAAAGAAGAUCCAAAUUUAAAUAAUAAUUCCAUUUUAAAAAACACAUCUCAAAAUAAGGUCAUAUCGAGAAUGUUAUUUAAUAAGACUGGUAUAUUAAGAUCAACAAAACAAAUAUCAUCAAGAAUAUUUAGAUUAAGUAAAAGUGGAAAAUUGAUAAAAGAUAUAAAAACUCCAUUGACUAAUGGAUCUACAAGUGAACUUGAUGAUGUAUUCAAUAGUAACGAGAGUUUUUUAUUACAUCCAGGUUCUAUUGAUUCAAAUAGGAAUAAUGCAUUGAUUGAUAGAGAAUUGGAUAUUUUAUUAUCUUCGUCACCAUUAGAUGAAGUAUUUGAUGAACAAACUAAUUAUUUAUUGAAUUUGACUGAUUUUAAAAUUUGCUCUAAAGCAAGAGAUAAUACUACAAUCUUUACAAAAUUAGCAACUUGGAAUACCUGUCACAAUAACAUAAUAAAUAAGUUAGAUGAUUAUAUGAUCAAAAUAUUAAAAGAAAGAAACAUACCAAUUUGGUUUAUUAAUCACGAUAUAAAUUUAAAUAUCAAUCAUAUAGAAACUUCUACUCCAAUGUCAGCUAUUUCACCAACUUUUACAAAUCACAAUGCCAAUUUGAAUCAUGCAAAUUUUCAAUCAACAAUGUCAAUUAAUGUUUAUUGUAAAGGUUCAUCUUCAGAAUCCAUGCUAAAUUGGUGUAGUUUAAUUGAAGUUUAUAAGAAUGGUAAAAAAAUCCUAAAUGUGACUGACAUAAUCAAUGGAUAUUUUAAUGAAGAUUCAAAGUGUUAUAUUUUACAAGUACCUUUCAUCAAAACUUUCUUUGCCGGGUUCUUCAAUUAUUUAAUUAAUGGAUCAUUAAUAUCAUCAGAAGAAAAUAUUAAAAUAAUUCAAUAUAUUUAUAACAACGAAGAAUCAGAUAAUAAUUCAAAUUUUGAUUUAAAAAAUUCCAAAAUAUUUGCGUAUUUAGUUCAUGAAUUUAAUAUGAUGGGUACGAAAGGUCAAACCAAAGUAGUGGUUGUAAAUUCAUUAAGAGAUCAUAUAAAUAAAUAUGAACCAACGACAGAUGAUAAUGAAACAGUAUUAGCAGAUUCAUCACCUUAUAAAUCUUCAAAUUCUCCAAAUCAUUCAUUAAAAAAUUUUGAAACUCCAAGUAAAAAUAAAUUCAAUACAAUAAAUAAUAAGAAUUUAAAAAUUGAUUUAAGUAAAACUAAUAAUUUAAAUAUGAACAUUCCUGCUGGUCCAAUGACUGCUCCUAUUUAUAAUUCAAAUGGUUUAAAUCAAAACAAUUUCGCAAAUUUUAAUCAAUUUUCAAUAAAUAAUUUAAGACAACAACAGCAGCAUCAACAACAAUUUCAAAAUUUUAAUCUCAAUCAAACUCCUCAACAUCCAGGAAUGAAUAUACAUGCUCUAUCAACGAAUAAUAUUCCACAAAUGGUUAGUACUGAGCAAAAUGUGUUCAAUACACAACAAUCACAACAGCAACAACCACAACAACAACAAUUGUCAUUUAAUCAAUCACCAACAAACUUAACUACAAACGCAACAUUACUGAAUGCUCAAUCUUCAUUCGUCUCACCAAUUAAUCAGCAACUGAAACAACAAGUACAAUUACAAAUGGAAAUGGAAUUACAGAUGCUGUUACAAAUGCAACUUCAAAUGCAGCAACAACAGCAACAACAACAGAAUUUGAUUAAUCAACCAAUGUACAAUGCAGAUGUUGUAAAUGAACAAUUCAUUAGACAAAGACAAUUAUUCUAUCAAUCACAAGCUCAACAACAAUCACAACAUGCACAACAACAAAUUACUCAAUUUCCAAAACCAAUCAAACAAGAUCAAUCAAAGAAAUUUCAUCAAUCACAAGUAAUUUCAAGUAGAAAAAAUUCAAAUACAUCAUCAACUUCCAAAAAUCAAUCACAAUCAAAAGACUCUCUAAAACCAAAAGAAAUAACAUUUGGUCCAAUUAUAGGUUAUGAUCCAUCAAAAGAUUUGAAACAACAUCAACAACAACAGCAACAACAACAAGCACAACAAUCUCAAAAUUCAAAUAAUCAUUCUUCAUCCACCACUAAAUCUAAUAAUCAGAAUGUUAUGAUGGGUAUUCAUAGAUUUCCUUUAAAUACUCCUGUUAUGUAUAAACCCAAAAAAUAG